AUGGCUACGUUAAGCUCAAUUUCUCUUAUCUUCAUUCUUGUACUGGUCUUCUCUACUCCAACUUUUGAAGCAAGAAAGAUGCUGAGCUUGAAGAAGGGAGAGGUCUCCUCAAUGGAGGAGAGUUUGGAGCUAGCUUCUUUCCUUCCCAAAGUCCCUAAACCCGCUUCUUCUUCUUCUUCAAGUGAUGACGAAGGUCAUGCACGGGUGGUCAAUAUCAAUGGGAGAUUCUUCACUCUUCAUCUACCAAGCAUUAAUGAUCAUAGGAUACUCGAAGAGGCUAUACCAAGUCCUGGAGUUGGUCAUCACAGGAUACUCGAAGAGUCCAUACCAAGCCCUGGAGUUGGUCAUCACAGGAUACUCGAAGAGUCCAUACCAAGCCCUGAAGUUGGUCAUCAUAGGAUACUCAAAGAAUCUGUACCAAGUCCUGGAGUUGGUCAUCAUAAGCAUUAG